UAGAAGGGACAAUCCCAGGCUGACAAUAUGAGAAGUGCAUUUCCUGCUCGCUCAGCCCCUGUGACCUGGCUCUGUACUCACUUCCUUCUACAACACAUUGUAGGUGUAUUGCGCGGAGUGCUGGCCGCAUUGCUGGCUGCUCCUGUCUGACCCCCUAGACGUGGGAGCCAGCUAGGUCCUGCCGGGGUCAGCGCCACGCCCACUCAGGAGGGACGGGGAUCACAGCUGGGAGAAGUAAUCAGACGGACAGAAGGAAGUUCCUUGGAGGACGGUAUGGAUGAGCGGAGCCCCCUCAUUAUCUACCCGCUGAACACAGAGGAGCCAACCAACAAUGGGACCCCCCGCCGGGACAGUGCACCCCGAUCAGGGACCAGGAAACUCUCCACCUUCCUGGGGGUGGUGGUCCCCACUCUGCUGGCCAUGUUCAGUGUGGUCCUCUUCCUUCGGAUGGGCUUUGUGGUUGGUCAAUCGGGCCUUUAUGAGUCGGUGGGUAUGCUUAUCCUGUCAUAUUUUAUCAUUGGCAUGACGGUUCUUUCAGUCUGCGCUAUAUCAACCAAUGGAGCCCUGGACGCUGGUGGAGCUUACUAUAUGAUCAGUCGUGCACUAGGACCAGAGUUUGGUGGCAGUAUUGGUAUCAUGUUCUUUUUUGCUAAUGUCUGUGGAAGUGCCUUGUACAUUCUGGGUCUGGUAGAAAACAUUGUGUCCAUGUUUGGAAUAUCACCAGGUUUGUCUUACUACUAUUGUCUGGUAUUACCUAAAAUAAUUAUAUCUGAUAUUUUUUCUAUAGCACACUAUGCCCAAGAUUACACUACAGGAAGAAUGAUGAGUUUUGCUACAGUCUUUGCUGUCAUGUUCAAUGGCUGCACAGGGAUUAUGGCUGGAUCCAACAUGUCAGGCGAUUUAAAGAACCCAAGUUACUCCAUACCCAGAGGGACAAUUACUGCAGUGAUCUUCACUUAUAUAAUCUACAAUCUGUUGGCCCUCAUGAUCAGCUGCACAUGUGACAGGACUCUGUUACAGAACAAUUAUAGCUUCUUAAGGGACAUCAACAUCUGCCCGCCACUGGUAACAAUUGGGAUCUACUGCUCUGCGCUCUCAGCCUCCAUGAGCAACCUUAUCGGAGCUUCCCGCAUCCUCUACGCAUUGGCAAAAGACAAGCUGUUUGGGAAGCUCCUAAUGCCAGCAAAAAUGACAUCCCGGGGAGGAAACCCAUGGGUAUCUGUUCUCAUGUCCUGGUUCUUGGUUCAGAUGGUGCUGUUUGCAGGAAAACUAAACACUAUUGCUGCAAUUGCGACCAUUUUCUUCCUGCUGGUAUAUGCUGCAGUAGGACUUGCCUGCCUGGCACUAGAAUGGGCAUCUGCACCUAAUUUCAGGCCAACAUUUCGUUACUUUACUUGGUACACCUGUAUCCUUGGGAUUUUGGGAUGUCUCACCAUGAUGUUUCUCAUCCAACCAAUUUACGCCUCUGCAAGCAUAGUUUUCAUGUUAAUCCUACUCGUGUGCCUGCAUUACUUGUCCCCAAGCCAUAGCUGGGGCUUCAUCACUCAGGCUCUCAUCUUCCACCAGGUACGGAAGUAUCUUCUCAUGCUUGAUGUACGGAAGGAUCAUGUCAAGUUCUGGCGUCCACAGAUUCUCCUACUGGUCUCCAAUCCAGAAAAUCAUAAAAAUCUCAUCACUUUUGCAAAUGAUCUGAAGAAAAGUGGACUCUUUGUGCUGGGCCAUGUAAGCCUGGAAGAGUUAGAUGUGUUGCCAUCUGACCCUUUGCAGACACGGACCGACUCCUGGCUUCAGCUUGUGGAUGAACUGAACAUCAAGGCUUUUGUUAAUUUAACACUGUCAAAUUCUGUUAGGUAUGGAGCCCAGCAACUGCUCUUCAUCUCUGGACUAGGAGGAAUGAGGCCGAACACUGUCAUUCUUGGGUUCUACACUCGCUCCACACCAGAGGAUCUGCUAAGGAAUGACCAGGAACUGGACAGAUCUACUCCUUUUGUGUACACUUCAACUGGCCGAACACCACCGUCUGAGAACUUUUCUGCCUGGGAAUAUGUUGCUAUUAUAUCAGAUUCUAUAAAGAUGUCUAAAAAUGUGGUGCUGGCAAGGUACUUCUCAGAGUUUGACAGGUUUAGUAUCUGCAGCUUGAAGGGUAAAGACACCUAUAUUGAUGUGUGGCCUCUGAACCUCCUGCGACCAGACAGUGCCUCUUAUGUGAAUACCUGCAGCUUGUUCCUCCUUCAAAUGGCUUGUGUAUUGAACAUGGUACGGUCUUGGAAAAAAGCUAAGCUGCGCCUGUUUCUAUGCGUAGAGAGAGACAGCGGCCUGCGUGGCCAAGAGGUGAAACUGAAACAGCUGCUAAAGGACCUCCGUAUCAAGGCCUCCAUCCAGACAGUAAUUUGGGACUCUGUGGUUGCUCUGCACUGGCACAAGCAGGUAGAAGCUGCAGACACUGCAGAAGAAGUCUACCUGAAUUACCCAAACAACUCUAUCAAAAUAUCAGAUGACUAUUUGAUGGCUGUGAAUCAGAUGAUUCUGGGGCAAAAUCCCAUGGCUCCUCCAGCUGUCAGGUUCUUGUAUCUUCCACGGCCUCCAGCAGACACUUCCAUUUACAACAGAUUCCUUAACCAGGUGGAGGCAAUAAGCCGAAACUUGGGACCCACACUGCUCAUUCAUGGAGUUAGUCCUGUGACAAGCACUGAGCUCUGAUACAUUUCAAGAACAUUAACUGCACAGCAAGCGGGAAUUGGCUGUGCCCUUUAUAAAAGGCAGCUUGUUUUAUUCACUUUGUAUCCAUGCCAAGAAACCCAGACUGACCUCACUGUAAUACAGACACAUUCUAAAGAGUCCGAGGCGUGAGCAGUGAUAAGAAAAGGGGAGAAUUUUGUUUUUCUGGUGCUAAUCACUAUGAUAUAGGAAUACACUGAGUAAGAUACUGUUAAUUCCUGGGUAUAGCAUUUGCACAUUUUUUAUAAGUGCCAAACAUUUGUAGUUUUAGCAGUACAAUAAAAAUACAGCAGAUGACCUGCAUACCUAAUUACCCACAUGUAUGUUUGUUAACAUGGAUAUGAAACCUAGAUUUGGAGUGUCUGUGUAUGGCCUAGGUCAAUGUUUAAACAUCUGAGCAUGUGAAUGACAAGUGAACUCUUAAAAUAUGCAAGAAAACUAAACAUUUUAUCACUAAAACGCCACACGCAUCUGCAGUGAGCUGAAAUAAAACAUGAUGGACGCAAGAGAUAGUAUAACUUCAACGUAUAGCUUUGAAACAAAAUUAAUAAUUGAAGGUUCUGCAUUUGCUGAUUAAAAUUGUGUAGUAGGGGCGAGGCAGUAUAAACAGCGACAUCAUAAAGCUCUAUGCAGUGCUGUUUUUACUUUUGCAAAUAUUGGCAACUUUAUGCUUGUGAGGACCUCACUGGAACACUUUAUUAGGGCCCUUAGCAGCUGUGCACUCCAAUUCAGUGACCUGCUAAUACUUGUAGUGCCACACUAAGCAAACAAGGGAAAUGUGUGUAGUCCCGCUGGUACUCAGGAUUGGGGUGCCAGCUGACAAUUUCACCAUCCAGUAAUGUAUAGCAUACUUGGAAAAAUCGCCGCUCUCCCAAUCCAGUCUGUGUGGUCAACAUGUGCGAGAUGGCCUUGGCUUUACACCACGCCACAGAGUCCUCUAUGACCAAGUCCUGGCAGGUGGGGGAAAACAUGUGGGAGCAUGUGGCUUGUGGAGUGGUGCAAGGCUGAGGCCAUCUCACACAUGUUAUCCAAACAGACUGGAUUGGGAGUGCGGCAAUUUUUCCAAGUAUGGCCUAUACAGUAAGUACUGAAAUAGAUUUCACUGAAUGAGAUUGAUAUGUGUGUGUUUGAAUGUUGCCCAGAAAAGGCUAAUUUGUUUUUGAUCGUGAAGGAUCAUCCUCUGCAAAAUCUUGUUUAACUUUGAAAACUUAAAAAACAAAAGUUCUGCUUUAAUUGUGGCUUUAUUAGGAGGAAAUAAUUUUUUAUUUUAUUUAAAUGAGCUGUGCAACAAGUAGUUAAAUUUCAUAUGGUGUGUGCCACUGCUAGAAUCACUGGGGCUUCUUUAUUUACAGUUUCCUGAUGUUGGAUAGUAAACUCUUGCUAUACUUUUGCCACUGAAAUGGACGCAGAAGCGGUCUUGCUGUUUAUCCACCCCUUCUCUCCCUUAUCCGUUCACAUAAUAUCUUGUAUUUUGUGAAUGGUUCACAGAAUACAAGGCAUCAUGUGACAGAACAAGCAGUGGAUAAAGGCUAGUUUGGCUUCUGCAUUUGGGAGCCACAACUCUCAUAGUAGCUAGAGCCACACUAUCCAGCAUUAGGAAACUGUACAUAAGAAAACCAAAGUGAUCCUAGAGGUGGCAUACACAAUAUAAAAGUUAACUGUUACACAACACAUUUAAAAUAUAUAUAUUUUGCCUCAAGUUCUGCAUUAAACAAUGUAUCUGUCCUACAUCGUAACAGUUGCUUCAUGUUGAUAAAUCUAUAAUUUGUACUGUGUAUUUGUAUUUGGUUAUCUUGCACAGAAUUAUUUUUUCUUUUGUACCAAAUCUUUCUACAAUGUUCUAAAUAUUCAGGGAUUUGUUUUUACUAAUAUAUAUGUUUAACUAUGCAAAUAAAGUAAUGGAUACAGUUUUCGCAAGCUGUAAGCUCUGUGAUUUUAUUUGGAUCACGUCCAAGGGUCUGUACUUGUGCAUCAAUAGCAAUGUAAGAAUAAAGCCACCUUGAUUUAUAGACAUCCCCAAGUUCUAGUAUGUCACUGCAUUCAGUAUGUAGAUAAAGUUAUUAGGGCCAGGCAAAUCGGGUAGGUUCUGCAGUGAUCUUCAGUGGGCACAAAAUGGUUGUAUAGCCUUGUGGCUAUGUUAGUGCAUUGACGUGUUAACCUAUAUGGAGUGAGCAGAACAAAUUUUGAAUGUCAUGGAGGGAAUUGUGACCAUUCUGCACAAAUUAUUGUACUUUAGUGCACCAGAAGCUUCUUUUCAGAACACAAAUUGAACAUUUUUAGUUGUAUUCCCAGGAAGCAAUUAUAUCUAUUGCUAUGCACUAGGAUUUAAAAAAAAAAAAAAAUUUCACUGACUGCAUCUCUUUAGUUUGAACGAAGCCUGUGUAAUUUAUACACAAAUAUUUUGUUCAAUACUUUUAUCCAUCCAUUUUCAUUAUUUUAUUAUGGUCCUAAAAAUCCAUAAAUAAUUUAAUACGGUGUACAAUUACAUUUCAAAAAACAUUUUUAGUGAGAUAAAAUAUAUGUCAAUAUCUUUCACAUUUGUACCCAGCCAGUAGCUGGAGCUGUUAUCUCCUUUUUACAUGUUUUACAGGCUCUCCUUGGCGCCUCAGAUAAAAAAAGCCUAUAUACAGAGCUCAAUAGCUUAAAUUGAAAUGUAUGCUCAACUGCUUGAGUAGGAAAGAAUGACUGCUCUACCCGCUUUCCCUUUUAACAGGGUUUUGUAAAAAGAUUCAGAUACAGGGACCACAAGUAAACUUCUCCAGAAACUAGUAGGAAAACCACUUCCAUUAAAAAGGGACUUUUGAGGCUUUGUACUGAGGAUAAGGAAUAAAAUUCAAU